AUGAAAGAACUACUGUUACUUUGGAUCUUUCUUGACUUAAUUUCAUAUUUAAAUGGUGACCAUUUUCUUGGUGGUACGAUAACAUAUCGUCCAGUUAAUGAAUCAGCUACAGGAUCACCAGUUGCUAUUGCUAUCACUCAAACUUAUUCAUGGACAUACACUAACAUGAAGUGUUCAAAUGCAUUAAUUUCUGGAAAUGGAUUAAUUCCAAAUUACGCAGGAGUUGCUUCUGAAAGACUCGAAUGUGUUAGUAGCUGUGGUUCUACUUCUGCCGGAUACACGAAUCUUGAAGUCCGCCCUUUUUGUACUGAUUUUUCAACUGUCGGUGAUAUUUCUGUUGGACAGCGUACUGAUAUUGUUUAUUUAGCUGUGAAUGAUGACUUUUCCGUAGCCUUCCAAGAUACUGCUUGGCGUCCAUUAACAACACAUUCUUCUGCUGAUUGGUCAAUAUCUGCACGUAUUCAGACUAAACCCCGAUCUGAUAAUGGUCUAUAUAAUAAUGCACCUGUUGCUACUAUGAUGUCUCCAAUUAAUAUUCCAAGAAAUGUUCCAACGGUGAUUGAAAUUCCCGUCGGUGAUGCAGAUGGUGAUGACCUUCGAUGUCGAUGGUCAACAAAAACUGGUGGAGUGAAUGAAUGUGGACAAGUCUGUCCACCUGGCUCACUUCCAGCAGGUACGCAACUCUUUCCGAAUUGUACAAUGGUCAUCACUGGUACAGUGCUCAAUGGUUGGUAUGCUGUUACACUUAUGGUGGAAGAUUUUCUCGAUACAUCAAGUAUAACACCAUUGAGUUCAGUACCUGUUCAGUUUCUUGUUCACAUUGUUGCUCCGCCAACUUGUCCAACACCACCUGAAAUUAAUGGUAUACCGGAAGAACAAUCUUGUACAACUGUUGCAGUUGGUCAGGCAUAUACAUCACAAAUUUUUGCUAUGAAUUAUUGUCCUUCACCUAUAAUUAUUAACGAUAUUGCUACGCUAUCAUUUACUAGCAUGAUUAAAGGAAAUCUUGUUCAACAUAAUUCAACAGUCUAUUCAAAGACAUUAACAUGGACCCCUACCAAAUCUCAACUCGGUUAUAAAGUAAUGUGUUCGAUGGCAAUUGAUAGUAAAAAUUCACAAUCAGCGCAGUAUUGUUUCAAAUUCUUUGUAACAGAAAAACCUAUUUGUUCAUGUCCUGGUGAACCUUGUCUAUCAACGACAACUACUACUGAUACAACAUCCAUAUCUACAAGUAGCACCAGCAGUACUUCAACAUCUUCUACAAGUACAUCAACAACAUCAACAUCGAGUACAUCAUCUACUACGUCGACAACAUCUACCACUUCUACCACUAGUACCACAUCAACAACGACAUCAACAACAUCAACAACUGCCACAACUACAACAGUAAAACGUUUCUGCUCCAAUUACUUGGCCAUUAAUUGGAAGUAUCAUUGGUGUAUUGACACUAGGAAUCGAUGUAUUGAUCCUGAUUGUUAUUGGUCAAAUAAUAAACACCGAAAAUUAGAUGAAAAUUCGAUAAGUUAUGAGCAAAACUGUUUAGUUGAAGAUGCUGAAGAAAUUAGUUUACGAAAUGAUAGUUUUCUUUCAACACCUGAUUCUUGGAAUCGGCCAAUAUCAAGUAUAUCUACACGUAAAAUUGAUAGUGACAACAAUCAAAAAGUGAAAGUGUCCCACAUAAAAUUAAGUUCGCAUUCUUGUGAACAGAAGAAUGAUAUGCGUCCAAACUCUCAAAGUACAGAUAAUGUUAAGAUUAUUCGUGUAAAUAAUCUAUUGUCAAGAUCACCUCGUUCAUUCACAAUUAUAAAGAAAGGAAAUAUUAUAGAAACACAUGCACUAGCAAGCCGACCAUCCAAAGAGUCAUGUGAAACUUCAUCAGCUGCAUCCCCAACAGAUAUCUUAAUAGCUUCUGCAGCGGCUAAAACCAUCACUCUUAUGACAACUCCCCAACAAAAUUCCGAUAGACAUAAACGUAAUUAUCAUUGGACAUCCAAGCUUUCAAUUUCUCCAUUAUCGGAUAAACCAAAAAGUACUACAUCAGUUCGUAUCAUCCAUUCAGAUUCAAUGAAACCAAAUAAACGAAAACAUAAAAAUUUUACAAAAGAUCGUGUUGAAUCGAGUGUUUCAGUAGAACGAGUAUCACGAAUUGACACUGCUAAAUCUAUAUCAAAUAUUUGA